GUCUGUCGCAGAUUUUAAACGUCAUCUUUAGAGAAAGAACGUUUAUCUAUUUUGUUUGUUCAUGCUGCUGCUGUUUUGCUAGUAUACUUUUUAGUUAGACGUUUGUUCUUUCAUGGCCAAUGGAUAUAAAGAAGCGCUUUUCUCCCGUGGAACUGGGCACAGCGACGAUUCCGAUGUCUGGGAUGACACUGCUUUGAUAAAAGCGUACGACAAGGCAGUAGUUUCCUUUAAGAAUGCCUUGAAGGGUGAUGAUAAUGUAGAGUCUCCUCAAGAAAACAGACAUGUAAAGAAACAGAAAAGCAACAAAAAGAAGAGAAGCAAAAAGAAGAGUAAUACCUCCCCAGAAAAAGAGUGGAGGGUUGGGGACUCCUGUUGUGCUGUUUGGUCUGAAGAUGGGCAAGUAUACCCAGCCAGCAUUGCCUCAAUUGACCAGGAGAGAGGGACCUGUGUUGUGGUGUACACCGAAUACGGGAAUGAAGAGGAGCAGGAGCUGGCUGACCUUCUCUCCGAUUACUCUGAAGCAGAGAGUAAAGUGCCAGGCAAAGCACAGGUAAAAGAGGCCACUUUUUCAACUGAUGAGAGUGACAGGUCCUCUACCCCUCUUCCACCAAGACAUCAGCACAGAUCUAAGUCCAGACCCUCUCCAGUGCCACCUGUGGGGGGCUUGUGGUUCCCCCCUCCCCCUCCUCCUGGGUCAGAUUUCAGAAUGCCUGAACCAAGACCCGGAGGUACUGGACCAGCAUUCCCUGGUUGGCCUCCCAUGGUCCCACCAGGAGGACCUCCGAUGAUCCCACCCCCACCUCCUUUCAGCCCAGACUCUCUGGAGGAUGAUGAAGCUCUGGGUAGCAUGCUGAUUGCCUGGUAUAUGAGUGGCUACCAUACUGGCUAUUAUCAUGGUCUGAAACAGGCUCGUAAGGAGGCUGCAUCAGGAAAGAAUUCCCACCGCUAAGAGUCCCUGGAGACUCGCCUUAGCAAGUAGGUUGAAGUGUCUCUCCUGGGGAGAGCCAUGAUUGGUGGAUUGAAUGUGUGAAUAAACAACAUUUAAAAAAAAAAAAAGCUUUUUUACAUAUAUAAAUUGUUUUCCAUUUGUUGUAAAUAAAAGUCAAAUGAAAAUU